GUGAGAGAAGAACUCGGAAGCAGUGCCCAGCCGUGCCAUUCCAACAAUAACCAGCUGAUGGCAACGAUGUGAGUGGCAUGGAUAAUGACUGCAAACAAUGGGCACAAGUAUUGUGGAAUUACCUUCGACUGGGUCAACCUCUUGUAAAGAGUGACGUAAUAAUAGGUCUGGGGUGUCAUGACAUUCGGGUGGCUGAAAAAGCUGCAACUCUUUACCUGGAAAAUUGGGCUCCGUGGAUACUAUUUACUGGCUACCUAGGAAACCAUACUGUAGGAGUGUGGCAUCAAUCAGAGGCAGAUGUUUUUGCUGAAACUGCCAGUAAAUUAGGUGUACCAGCUGACAAGAUCAUACUGGAGAAAAAAGCCACCAAUACGGGCGAGAAUAUAAGGUUUGCAUAUCAAACUCUGAAGGACAACAACAUUCCAGCAAAGAGGAUUAUUCUAGUUCAACAGCCUUUUAUGGAGCGUCGGGUUUAUGCUACCUACCUUAGACAGUGGCCAGAAGACAAAGAAAAUGUACAGGCCAUAGUCACUUCACCAGUGAUGGAAAUGGAUGAAUACCCAAACAGUCACGUGGGUAAUAUGGACAACUUGAUUGGGUACAUGUUAGCUGUUCUGGAACGAAUUCAAGAUUACCCAAAGAAGGGUUUUCAAGUGGAGCAAGAAAUCUUCCCUGAGGUUUAUGAUGCCCAACGGAAGCUACUGCAAGCUGGUUACCAACCAAAAUAAACUGACUGAA